AUGGUGGAUAAUUUCUCCCAAGCUGAAGCUGUGGAGUUCUGCUACGAGAAUGUGAAUGGCUCCUGCAUUAAAACCCCUUACUCACCGGGUCCCCGGGCAAUUCUGUACACAGUCCUCGGUCUGGGCGCCGUGCUGGCGGUGUUCGGAAACUUACUGGUCAUUAUCUCUAUUCUUCACUUCAAACAGCUGCACACACCCACGAACUUCCUGAUCGCAUCCCUGGCCUGUGCGGACUUCUUGGUUGGAGUGACAGUGAUGCCCUUCAGCACAGUGAGGUCUGUGGAGAGCUGCUGGUACUUUGGGGAGCGUUACUGUAAAUUUCAUACAUGUUUCGAUACUUCCUUCUGUUUUGCUUCUUUAUUUCAUUUAUGCUGCAUCUCUAUUGAUAGGUAUGUUGCUGUUACUGAUCCUCUGACCUACCCAACCAAAUUUACUAUCUCGGUUUCAGGAAUAUGCAUUGUUCUCUCCUGGUUCUUCUCUGUCACUUACAGUUUUUCUAUCUUUUACACGGGAGCCAACGAGGAAGGGAUUGAGGAGCUAGUCGUUGCUCUCACGUGUGUAGGAGGCUGUCAGGCACCAUUGAAUCAAAGUUGGGUUCUCCUUUGUUUUCUUCUGUUCUUUAUACCCACGGUUGCCAUGGUGUUUCUAUAUGGUAAGAUAUUUUUGGUGGCUAAAUAUCAGGCCAGGAAGAUAGAAAGUACAGCCAGCCAAGCUCAGUCCUCCUCCGAAAGUUACAAGGAAAGAGUGGCGAAGAGAGAGAGAAAAGCUGCUAAAACACUGGGUAUUGCCGUGGCAGCUUUUCUGGUCUCUUGGCUCCCAUACAUCAUUGAUGCUGUGAUUGACGCUUAUAUGAAUUUUAUAACUCCUGCUUAUGUUUAUGAGAUUUUAGUGUGGUGUGUUUAUUAUAAUUCAGCGAUGAACCCCUUGAUAUAUGCUUUCUUUUAUCCUUGGUUUUGGAAAGCAAUAAAACUUAUUGUGAGCGGCAAAGUCUUAAAAAGUAAUUCAUCAACAAUUAAUUUAUUUUCUGAGGAAGCAGACGUAGAUUGA